AUGGAAAAGCACUUUGUCCCCUACAAGAACGAUAACGAGAAGCCAAAUCAGCCUGUGACUGACCCUGUGGACCGAGCCCCCGGGGUGGCGCAUGGCAGGGGCUGCGGGGACGGGGGCCCGGGGCAGCAGGCAGCCCUGGGACAGGUUCUCGCGGUGGCAGCCGGCUGUGUGGUCAGCGCCCCUCGGCCUGCCCUCGGCUACUGUGUGAUCCCUCCUCGUGACCCCGUGAGCCGGGCCGCGCCCGCCCAGGGUCGCGCAGUGCGGCCGUGGGUGCCGGGAAGGCUCGGGGGCAGACGGGCCGCGGCGACGACCACGCCGCUGGCCGGCGCCCCAAGCCCGCUGGAGGCCGACUCCGGAGCCCGAGGUGGACCCCGCACCCCAGCGCCCCCUGCUCCCCCGGCCCGGAGGCCAGCGCGCAGGCGCGGAGCCAGCCGGAAGUGGCUGCGCGGGGGCGGGCCCCCGCAUACAGUUGCGGCCCCCGUGACCCGCCCCCCGGCUCCUGAGCCAGAGGUGGUCUCCGCACCCGCACCCCGCCGACCCCGCCCCGAAGCCACGGGGGACGCCCGCCCAGUCCCCCGGGCCGCCGGGGACCCCCGCCCCACCCCCACCGGCCCCACUCCCCUGCGCCCCCGGUCUGCCGUGGAUCCCCACAUCCUGCUGCUGAUCAUCCCCCCGACCAGCAGGGAGUCCCCGCCGCCUCCGCCCACCGACCCUUCCGAGCCGCAGGCGCCCGACAGCCCGGCCCCGGAAGCCCCUCAGACCUGCCGAGGGCCCCUGCCUCUCCCGCCACUUUGUGCCCCAGCUGUGCCCCCGACGCCCCCUGGUGGCCCCCUGGCAACUUCCUGCCCUCCGCGGGGCGCCUCCGCCGGGCCCUGCCGUCCCUCGCCGACUCCCUGUGGAGGGGCUGCUGGUGUGGGGUCUGCUCCGGCCUCCUCACCCGCGGGGGUCCGGGCCCCCGCCUUGGGGUGCGGCCUGGGCCGCGCCGAGGUGAGCGUCACAGCCGGCAGGGGAGCCCCUCGACCCUGCUGGAGCCCCACUCCUUGGAGGGUCCGAACCCUCCGGACACUGGGCCAGAUAGACUUGGGGAACCGCCAGAAGAGGUGUCCAGUCUUAGACCCGGCGCGUAAAGCCAGGAGGACAGAUGGCUGGACGGAGGGUGGGUGGUCCCUGCGUCUAGGAGAGCAGAGGGUGCGGGGCUCGGGGCUCCCGGGGGGGGGACGCUGCAAGAACCAGACGUCCGCAGGCCACAGGCGGCGGCUGAACGAAGUGGCUUUCCGCCUCUCUGACCUGAGGCCGCCCAGCAGCAUUGCCCAGUGGCUGGUCUGUGGCCCCACCCCAGAGGUGCAGACCAGUAGCCUGCUAGAGCUGGUGAUGGAUGACAAAAAGUGCUCGCAGAAGGGGUUCCUGGGGAAGAAGCUAUCAGCACCGGGCCCCCCAGAGCACAAGCAGCCCUCAAUCCAGGGGAGCCCGGGGGCAGCCUGGAGACAGCCCACUGUGCAGAGCAGUGCCCAGCAGGGACCGCAAACGCAGGACUGGGUGAGCGAGCAGCCGGAGCUCCGGCGCCCGAGCCGCCACUGGAGCAUCAGCAUCGACGAGCGCCGGCGGCUGGCCAUGCUGGGCGGCCUGGAGAGGCCGGGCACCGGGACGAACGGCCACUACAGGCCCUGGGACACCGACCUCUGCGUGCAGAUAGGCUCGCGAUUGGGGGAGCAACCCAGGGGACCCUGGGAGCCAGUGGGGGGGUCUGGCGUGGCGGUCACGGGGCUUCCUGGAGGAGGCGAGCUGGCGGGCCAGCCGGCAGAGGGCCUCGUGUGA